UUCAUUCAAGAACUACCAAUGAUUAUGUGAGUUCAUUUCUUAUUCUGCUACCUGCAAUAGUGAUUGUCACACUGUGAUGAAGUAGGAAGAACGGGUUGUGUGCUGAAGGCUCCUCUCUGUUCACUUUAUUCUCGUCUAUCACGGCAGCUCGUGACCAGAAUGGCGUGCCAACCGAUCAGUAUGUUUGCUGCGAAAAGAGCUUCGUUUCUGUCAAGGAGAUGUCUCGUCGCCUGCUCACAGCAGUCCAGUUAUCAGCACCGCCAGCUGCACACAGCCAAGGCAUUGCCGUCGCCGUGUUUGCUCACGGGAACGAUCCCACAAGUCGCCAGUGUCCAGAAUGCACUGAUCUUUUCCAGAUCACAGAGCUCUCCUCCAACAGAGUCGCGGCACACCACGAGCCAGGCUGACACGACAGCAACACAAACCCUAGAUGAUGAGCCACAGCAGCAGCAAGAGGAAGACAGCACACGAAGCAAUGGUAGCCAACAGCAGGCGCAGGCUGACACCGGCGGUAACACCAACUGGAAAGAGGAGCUACUGGACCGUGCACUGCGCCUAGUACCCCAGUACGGCUGGAGCAUGGCCAGUGUAGAGAAAGCAGCUGAAGAGCUCAACCUGUCAUCGUCGUCCGUGGGUAUGUUGGAGAAUGGUGUCGGCGACCUUGUGCUACAUUUUGAACGGCAGUGUAACCAAGAUUUGAUGACACUGAUCACACAGUGGAAGGCGCAGGAAGAGGACGCUGGCCGCAAAGUUGGCAUGACAAGACUGAUCCGCGAGGCUGUUCGACAGCGUCUGUCUAUGAUCAUUCCUCAUCUUGAGUCUUGGCCUGAGGCACUCGCUCAUUUCAGUCAGCCUUCAGUCACUCCGUACGCGUUUGAGAUGCUUCUUCAUCUUGUUGAUGACAUCUGGUAUGUGGCUGGCGACCGAAGCACAGAUUUCAGUUGGUACACCAAGCGUGCCAUGCUAGCAACAGUCUACUGCUCAACCGAAUUGUUCAUGUUACAAGACACAUCAGCUGACUACAGUGAGACCUGGCAGUUCCUGGACCGGCGCCUUUCAGAUGUUGGACAGAUUGGCAGUAUCCAGGCAACUGUUCGGCAAGCAGUCUGUACGGCCGUGGAGCUAGGCAGUGUCUCACUGUACACGGCCCAGAAGCUAUCAAGGACUCUACCACCAUUGAACUCGGACCUGUGGACACGGCCAUUCUCUGGCACCAGAUGAAAGCAAACUAGACCGGAGAGGCGCUGCUAUCCCUCUGAACACCGGCGUUCAGUGCUCCAGACACCUUCAGCUACCAGUGCACACCAUCAUACUCAUUAUCAAGAAGCAUCACUUCCCAUUUAAGUUUUUCAAGUUUUUCAUCUCAAGCUUGCUGGACUUCACAGACUAUUACAAGUUGACAACUACAAUAAUGUACACUACACAAUACAAUACAAUCAUACUUUGAAGUAGCUAAAUAAAAAAAUAAUAAUGGCAAUGCAUUAGUGAAGACACAAGCAGAAACUCGGUGAGGACCAGCUCAAUUAUUUUUCGUUGAUUUAAUAUUAUAAUUAAGACUCAAUAGUGUG